AUGCUGCAACGACCGCUCGCUGCGCCUCUCGCGGCGUGCCUCUCCGCAGUGGUAUGCGCGGGUCUUGUGCGGGCUCAUGGUGACCACGCGCAUGUCCCGUCGCCUGAGGUAGCGCAAGCGCCGGUGGAUGCGCGUCUGUGGCUGCAUAUAGGCCUCGAGGCCACAGCGUGGGCCGUGCUGUUUCCGCUCGCGAUGGUGCUGGGCCUCGUGCGGCACAAGCUGCAUGCGCCGCUGUCAGCGGCGGCCGUCGGUAUUUCGCUGUUUGCGUACCUGUUUGGGCAGCACCACGGUGGCCGCCAGUUCCGCCACACGGUGCACGGCACAUUUUCGUCGCUGCUGUUCGUGGCGUUGCUGACGCAGCUCGCGUGUGGUGUGUACCUGAAGCUACACCUCACAUGGUCGCGCGAGCGCACGGUGCGUCCGAUCGUGCUGGGCGUGCACGGCGUGCUGGGUCGCGCUUUCCCUGUGCUCGGGUGGACGCAGAUGGUAUUUGGUAUCGCGACGCUGCAGUCGUGGUGCAAUGGCGGGCACCUCGGGCAGUGCCUCGCGCACUACAUUAUGGGCUCCGCCUUUGCUGCCUACUCUGUGAUUCUACUGAUCAUGAUGAAGUGUGCCGUCGAGUGGCUCCGCCGACGCGGCUGGGCGCAGGAGUACCUUGACUCAUGGGUGAUUCUGCUGUGGGGUAUUGUGAACACGUUUACCGAACACCAUGGUGGGCCGUGGACGCACAAGGAUCUGCAGCACACGCUUAUGGGUGUGCUAUGGUGGACGGGCGGUGCGCUAGGCGUAUGGCUGAGCCGGCACGGCCGCCGCUCCGUGGUGCCUGCCACGAUCAUCUUCCUCACGGGAUGGGCGAUGAGCGCGCACACCCAGGCGCUCGCGAUCUCCACGCACAUCCACGCUAUGUUUGGGUAUGCGCUCAUGGCUGGUGGCGUGUGCCGUGUCGUCGAGAUCUGCUUCGUGCUGCGCGACCAGCCAAGCGGCUCGAGCGGCGAGACGGAUCGCGGCGCAUGGUUCCCGACGCACCUUUUCCAGUACCUGCCCCCGUUCCUGCUUGUGGCAGGCGGCAUCCUCUUUAUGAGUGCGACGGACGAGGAGAUGCGCUGGGCCGACAGCCGCGGCGUCGACUUUGCGACGUGGGCAAUGAUUGACCUGUCCGCUGCGUUCCUGCUCUUCCUUUGGAUGAAUGUGCUAAUUGACACAUAUGUCGGCUACGGCGGGCGCUACGGCCUAGCGGGUGCACCCGUAUCGGAGGAAGCACCUACCUGGGCAUACGAGCCUGUGCGCCACGCAGCGGUACCGACACAAGAGCACACCGCAGCUCCAGAGGCGCCGCGCGAGUCAAUUGCGCUGCAGUCGUACGAGCCCCCCACCACGCAUGUGCUCCAGGACGAAGACGACCCGUUCGAUGACGCGCAUCGCCAGGAGGGAGCGGUCGCUCUAUAG